CAGAGCUUCUCCUCACAGUGUCCCGGUCAGCCUCCAUCUUGACCCACGACUUUGGCCCGGACCAAGACUACCUAGGUAGAGUUUGUGGGCACUUGAUUCCUCGAUCUAUGGAGCUCUACGCUCAGGAACGCGCGCGGCGCGUCGUGCGGGAAGAGAGACGGCGAUACGAAGAGGAAAACGCCUUGGUUCGCCGUUGAAACAAUCUUCUCCGAUGCAGACCAAGCGCUCCUGAUUUACAUCACCAGCACUCAAUACCAGAGAGUGUGUUUUCCACCAUCAGCCCUGACUAUCAUCGAGAUGUGGCUCUCGCGGGGUUUAUUGCUCCUUACACUUGUGCAAACAGGUUUCGGAUUGCAGAAUUGGAAUAUCAGAAGGGAAUCGGUGCUUCUUCAGAAUAUAGUGACUUAUGAUGAACAUUCAUUGCUUGUUCAUGGACAGAGGAUCUUUAUUUUUGGUGGGGAGUUCCAUCCUUUCCGUCUUCCAGUCCCAGAUCUAUGGCUUGAUAUCUUCCAGAAAAUCAAAGCAAUGGGCUACAAUACUGUCUCAUUUUACGUGAACUGGGCACUCAUUGAAGGAGAGCCUGGGGUUUACCGAGCCGAUGGGAUCUUUGCACUGGAACCGUUCUUUGAGGCGGCAACUACCGCUGGUGUAUAUUUGAUUGCACGGCCAGGUCCAUACAUCAAUGCCGAAGCAUCUGGAGGAGGAUACCCAGGAUGGCUACAACGAGUUCCAGGUCUUCUUCGAACAAAAGCUACAACCUAUGUUGAAGCCACGGCACUCUAUAUCAAGACCGUUGGUGAGAUCAUUGCCAAAGCACAAAUCACGAAUGGAGGGCCGGUGAUCCUCUUCCAGCCUGAAAAUGAGUACUAUAAUGCAAAUUUGAAUACUGGUACUUGCGACAACUAUACCUCAUAUGAUAGACCUUAUAACGACUGCGAUGCAGACUAUAUGCAAGGCCUUCUUGAUAUGUACCGAGCUGCUGGCAUUGUCUUGCCUUUCAUUGACAACGACUCAAGUGCUCCAUCGAAAGGCGGGAUCUUUGCUCCCGAAUGGAGGAUCGACAACUCUUCAAAGGGUGAUGCCGACAUCUGGGGACACGAUUCGUACCCACUAGGGUUCAACUGUUCCAAUCCAACUGUCUGGCCAGAUGGAUAUCUAUACACCAUUGGAUACGAACGGCAACAGACAUUGAGUCCCUCAAGAUUCGAGGCUAUCACUGAAUUUCAAGGAGGAACUUUUGAUCAGUGGGGUGGUACAGGCUAUGAGAAAUGUAUUCAGAUGUACAACGAAGAGUUCGAAAGAGUGUUCAUGAAGAACAACUUUGCUUCAGCCCCUGGCCUCAUCAACGUUUACAUGACUUUUGGAGGUACUAGCUGGGGCAACAUGGCAUGGUCACAAGCCUACAGUUCCUACGACUAUGCUUCAGCAAUCGCUGAAGAUAGGACCUUGACCAGAGAGAAGUACUCCGAGCUAAAACUAGAAGCAAACUUCUUGCGCGUCACCCCAGCGUAUUCCAAUUCUAGUGUUCAAAAUCUCACGACAGAACUCUACACCAACAAUGCAGCAGUCGCUGUUACCCCGCUAAUCGGGAAUGGAACGUCCACUAACUUGUACAUCAUGCGGCACUCGAACUACUCGGAAAACUCUUCUCUAGCCUACAAGUUUAUAGCUAAUACCACUGAAGGAUACUUCACUGUGCCCAACUUAGGUGGAAAUCUGACCCUGAGUGGACGAGAUUCAAAAUGGCACGUGACCAACUAUCAAUUUGGCUCUCACAGUUUGAUAUAUUCUACCGCAGAGAUUUUCACCUGGAAGGAAUAUAAGUCUUUGACUCUGCUUAUUGUUUAUGGUGGUCCUGGAGAGACUCAUGAGAUCGCAAUUUCAACGAAUCUGACAAGUAAUCAAUUAGAAGGUCCCAAAAUCAGCACUACGUCUGGCAAUGGUAGUUUGAUCCUCAAUUGGGAAACUUCUACCACGCGACGUGUCAUUCAAAUUGGCGAUAUAUUUGUUUAUAUAUUCGAUCGAAAUUCUGCGUACAAUCUUUGGGUCAUGGAUUUUGAGAGCCUUGGGUUGUGGGGAAAUUAUAGUGCGAAUGUUGGAAAUACCACUUCUGCUGUCGUCGUCGACGCCGGCUACCUUAUCAGAAAUGCGGAGUUCGAUCGAGCUGGGCUAUAUAUCGAGGGAGACCUCAAUUCUACCGUGCCACUGAAAAUUAUUGGGGCUCCGGAGUCCGCACAAAGCCUUUUCUUCAAUGGCGCAGAGCUCGAAUACUCCUCGAAUCCGGUCACAAAUGAGUGGUCCACAAUUCUGAAAUACGAGACUCCCACGAUUGAAAUCCUAGAUCUUGACACCCUCGAAUGGAAAUUCAUCGAUAAUCUGCCAGAACUCCAACCAGAUUACGACGACUCUCUCUGGACACUCGCUGAUCACACAACUACCAACAACACACGGCGUCCCCUCCUCACUCCCACCUGCAUCUUCGCAAGCGAUUACGGCUACAACAGCGGCGGGGUACUCAUUUACCGUGGUCAUUUCACAGCAAAUGGGAAUGAGACUUCCCUCUGGCUUGCAACUCAAGGCGGCAUGGCAUACGGCAGCUCCGUCUGGCUAAACAGCACUUACCUAGGAUCAACUAUCGAUUCGCCUUCCUACACCCAACUCAACAAUACCUACAAUUUCACCACCUCUCCUGGUAAAAGCUACGUGUUCACUAUUCUUGUCGUAAACAUGGGUUUUGAAGAGAAUCCCGAUCCAGGAGCGGAUCAAAUGAAAGAACCACGUGGUAUUCUAGACUACGAAUUCCAGGGCCGGAAUAAAACUACUAUAACCUGGAAACUCACUGGUAAUUUUGGGGGCGAGCAGUAUCCAGACAAAGAUCGAGGGCCAAUGAACGAAGGCGGAUUAUUCGCGGAGCGGCAGGCCUUCACGCAGCCUUUCCCCCCAAGUGAGAGCUGGGAAGCUGGGGCUGGAUUUUGGACUGCUGGGUUUGAGCUCGAUCUGCCAUAUGGUUAUGAUAUUCCUCUCUCAUUUGAUGUUGAGCCAUCAGUCACGAAUGGGACUCUGGAUGCGUUUAGGGCUUGGAUUUGGGUCAAUGGGUAUCAGUAUGGGCGGUAUAUCAAUCACAUUGGUCCACAGACUAAUUUCCCUGUGCCUCAAGGAAUCUUGAAUUAUCAUGGGAUGAAUUGGGUUUCGGUCGAGAUAUGGGCACAGCAGGAAACCGGGGCUAAACUUGCGAACUUUACGCUUACAGCUGGAGUUCCUGUUCUUACGAGCCUGAAGACUCCUAGGAUGGCGCCUAUGCCGAGCUUUACACCUCGGUUAGGGUCAUAUUGAGGAGGGACAACCUCUGGACAGCUAUACAUGACGAGAAAAAGAGCCUCAGAUAAAUUCUUAGUAGUCAAAUGCCAGC